UGAACAAAAUCAUCCACGUAUCUGUUCAUUUCUCGACCGGAAGUAUUUCGAUUUUUUACGCUUUAGCGUGUACCUUUUCAAGGAGAUUAUCGUUGCCGUUUUGUAGCCAUUUUGCUAUCCGUUGAUAAAUGCAAGACAUUUUCGUACCGACUGGUGAACCGCGUACUCUCGUCACAUAUAAAAUACGAAUGUCUGCACUGGAGCUCACGAAUAAUCGUUUCUCGCGUGCGAACGGUUCUUAGCAUGCAGCUGUGCGCGGCGAAAGAAUGUUUUACCUGGAAAGAAUACGUCUGUUAAUUACUCGGAGUGCAGAAACGUUGAACGCCAAUAUAAAUCAAUUUGAAAAGAAGCGGAUCACUUGUAGAACGAACGUUUCGCGAUACAUUUUUCAACUUUGACUCGUUGUUUUCCUGGGAUGUAGGAUUGAAAACGUCAUUAUUUCAUGAGAAUUUUUCUGCUAUUGAUAUACAUGUAUUUUGUGCAUUUAGAAAUGAAUGAAAAGGAAAAUAUAAUAAUUAGUGCCAGACAGUAUUGUGAAAUGCUCCUUAUAAAGAGGCUCUUCCUGAAUAAUAGUUCUUAAUCUAAAGCCACCAUGGAAACGUGUCACGAAGUGUUAGACACGAUAGAUGUUAGUAAUGAUAAGAAUAUGAUGGAAGUAUUGAAGGAGACAAUUUCGGAGGAGAACAUUGUUGUUGAAUCCGAGACUACCGAAGAUUCUGUAGAAACAGAAAUAGAAGAAAUUAUAGAAAUAAUAGAAGAAGUGGAAGAAGAAGAAGAAGAAUCGCAAGAUGGUUCCUUUUUGGAAGAUAAAGAUAUGAAGGAGGAUCAGAAUAAGAAAUGUACAGAGAGACUGGAAAAUGAUCAAUAUGAUGAAACCUCAGAAAUGGAAGUUUAUGCGUACGAAGAAAGUGGUACAGUUGUAAAAGUAGAGGAUAUAAAAGAGAAUGAGAAAAAUGAACAGUCUCAAAGAAAUAGUAUUAAACAAGUAAUAGCAUAUGACGUAGAUGAAGAUUGGCAGGACGAGGAUAUGGAAGAAGAAGAGGAAUACGAACAGAACUCUGACACAGUUAGUCAUUGUACAGAAUCAUUGCAAGAGCAGAGAAUCCUACACGGCGAAAGAAAAUCUCUAAAUAAUCAAACAAACAGUUUUCCUUUACAAACAAGUAGACCAGAAUCUGGAAGCAGUGUAGAAUCUAUGGACAAUCUAGAAAAGCUCAAACAAAGUCAAGAUUAUAAAAAUAAUGUAAAUAAUGAAGAAACUGUUGAUAAUAGUGUAAGUCAUGAGAUCGUUAAGAAUGUUGAAAACAAUUUGUUGUAUACAGUCCUUGGUACAAAGAAGCAAACUCCUGUAAAAACAUUACACACAGAUAAACUGUCCGAUACUCAUUACAUUAAGAUGCAGCAACUCGACGAGAACACCAUACCAGUUGAAGGAACAAUUUAUUAUGAAGGAGAUAAUAUAGAAACUUUGUAUGUUGCUCAGGCUGUAGAUGAUGGUGAACAGUAUACAUAUGAUACUACAUCGAUGGAACAAGAUGAACAAGUAUGGGAAGCAGAUAACACAGAUACCAAUCAGACUCAAGAGAAAGAGAAUUCUCAGGACCAAAUAUUUUUACACGAAGAUGAAGAUGGACAGCUGUAUUUCAAGGAUGAAUCUGGAGUUCUACAGCCAGUAUAUUUAACCGAAGAUGGACAUUACGCCAUUGCAGAAGGCUACAACCAAGAAAACAAAGAAUCACAAGUUAAAUCUCAACAAAAUACAAAACAAAUGGAAGAAGAAUCCUAUUCUGCUCCAGACACUGAUCUUAAAUCCCCUAGCAGUAACAAACAGAAUUCUGUGGUGUCUACUGGUGAUCUCGAUAACGAAGAUAAUACAGUGACAAUAUCACUGAUAAUAUCCGAAGAUGAACAUGGCCAGAAGAGAACACAAGUCAUUAUACCCACUACGGAUAAUCUAAAAUGUAAUAUUUGUAAUAAAAAUUUCAAGACGUCUUUCCAAUUACUCCGUCACAAUCGAUUAAAGCACGCAAGGGAGGAGGAUAUUACAACAAGGAAUUUCCCAUGCGAUCUGUGCCCUAAAAGGUAUCCGGAUCAAAACUCGUUAGCUCGUCACAGAAAGACUCAUACUGGUGACCGACCGUUCCAGUGUCUUGAGUGUCAUAAAAAUUUCCCUACGUCGACUGCUCUACGCCGUCACUUGACGCUUCAUAAUUCACAGUCACGACCUCUUCCAUGUAUCUAUUGCGGUCGUCGUUUCGUAGAGAAAGCUAGUCUGGUUAAACACGAGCAAUCACAUUUGGCCGCUGAUCAAUGGACGCACACGUGUGACGUAUGUCACAAGUCAUUUUCACAUGCAACCGAUUUGAGUCUGCAUAAAAAGUAUCAUGAUCCUGAUAAGAAAUUUGACUGUGAGGUUUGUGGUCGAGAGUUCAGCCGAUUGAACAAUUUGCAGAGACAUAUGAUGGUACAUCAACAACAAGGAGCUAACGAGGAGAUACUCUCCUGCGAUGUCUGUGGCAUUACCUAUAAAUUUAUGAGUUCGUUGACGAGACACAUGGUGACCACGCACAUGAACCCAGAGAAACUGAGACAGCAGGCGGAAGAACAGCGAAGGAAACGAGAAAAUAAUUAUCGGCGUUACUUGGAAAAUCGAAAAAUGUACGAAACUCAGCAUUCUGGCGGAUAUGGGAAAUCAUCAUGAUAAGACUAAAUAUCUCCGAAUGGAAGGAAGAAAAGAGAGAGAAAGAGAGAAUGGCAGGAAAAGUACGAUAAAUACUAUGCGCGAUGUAGUGAUAUUUCUAUAUAAUUUUAUUGCUAUAGCAACAAUAGAUGUGCAUUUAAUUUAAUAAAAAUAUAAAGAAUGUAAUCUCUAUAAAAUGUUCACCUAUGCAUCUUUAUAAGAAUUCUUACGUAUACUUUGAGAGACGGAGGAAAACUUGUAUCUAUUUAAGAUAAUCUAUGUAUAUAUAAAUAUAAAGCUAAUUUUUAUUGUACAUUAAGGAUUUGAAUUGUAGAUAUAACUAUCACUAGCAAUAUUCUAAUAU